AUGUCUUCCGCCGCGUCUCCCCGAUUCUGGGCUGGGCCCCUUCGAUACUGCCGUUGGGCAUCCCGCGAGAAGCCCGCCUACUUCUGGUCCGUCGUCCUCGGCGCCCUCGGUCCUGUCCAGCUGGCCCUUGUGCCUCCCAUCAGAAACUACCUCGGCGACUACAAUGCGCCACCCAUUCCCGUCACAUACCCUGUUCCUGCCGGACCCAGGAAGCAGCUGACAGGUUAUGACGACGAAUGA